UAAAUAGACAGGACAGCAGUGAGCGAGGCCGCGCGGUAUUGUCUGCCCCCCUCCCUCCUCUGUUGUCAACGAGCAGCCUGAUUGGCCGAGGCCUGGAAAAGUGUUCGAGGAUUCAGAAUGUACAGGCCGCAGUAGCCAUACCGAGGAAAAAUACAGGAAAACUACGACAGAUUAAAAUACAAGAAAGAAGGAUAUUUACUGACGCUUUACAAGGAGUGUUAUAACAGAGUGUUUUCCUCAAAGGGGAGACGGUGCUUGCACGCUAACCUGGCAGCAACCAAACAGACGGCCAUCAUGCUCCAUGGCUGCUGUGCAGCAAAGAGCCCUGGGUAUAUAAACUUGGCAUGACGGGUGCAGGGAAGACCUGCUUCACAGCUCUCUGAUGAAACAGCUGAACCGAAACUUCACGUUGCACUUACCCAGCCCACACAGGAAUCAGAUGUGAAGCUCAGCGGAACCAGAGCCAAUGGACAAGGGUGGAGGCCUUCUCGAGCUUCACUCCCAGGAUCUGAAGAUGCCCCACGCUAUGAUCAUGCAGGACUUCGUGGCAGGGAUGGGGGGCAUGGCCCACAUCGACGGCGACCACAUCGUGGUGUCGGUGCCAGAGGCGGUGCUGGUGUCAGACGUGGUGACCGACGAGGGCAUCCUGCUGGAGCAGGCCCUGGAGGCCGAGGUGGUGGAGGCAUCCGACCUGGACGACGAGGCCGCCGGCGUCAUCAUGGCCCACGAGCCCAUGCUGGGGGCGGAGGUGGCCAUCGAGGAGGCCCUGGAGGAUGAAGAGGAGGAGGACGAGGAAGAGGAGGUGGCGGCUCUGGAGGAAGGGGAGGAUGAAGAUCAACACCACCACCACCACCAUGUGCUGAUGGCGUCCGAUCUGAUCGAGGCGGAGGUGGAGGAAGAGGAGGAGGAGGAGGAGGAGGAGGGAGGGGUGAGCGUGGACGAGGAGGUGGGAGUGUUUGUCGGCGACCCCCUGGAGCACGAGCUGGUAUCCGAGGAGGUGAUGGUUGCCGAGGGUGGUGAGGCGGCGGUCAUCCAGGCACACAAGGGCGUGCCCGCGUCCACGGUAACCAUCAACACGGAGGCGGAUGAGGAUGGGAAGACCAUAUCGGAGGACUACCUCAUGAUCUCCUUGGAUGACGUCGGCGAGAAGCUGGACAUCGGCGACACGCCGCUGAAGAUCAGCACGGCGGUGACGCAGGACGACGGCGACUCCAAAGAGGACGGCUACGGCUCCGACGUCAUCAAGGUGUACAUCUUCAAGGCCGAGGCCGACGACGACGUGGAGAUCGGUGGCACAGAGGUGGUGACGGAGAGUGACUUCCAGAACGGCCAUGCGGUGCUGGAGCCGGCGGUGGCGGCGCGGUUGCCGCGGGAGAAGAUGGUGUACAUGACCGUGAAGGACAGUAGCCAAGGAGACGAGGACAUGAACUGUGCGGAGAUGGCAGACCAGGUGUACAUGGAGGUGAUCGUAGGGGAGGAGGAGGCCUCAGCCAUCCAGGAGGCCCAGCUGGACGACUCCCCCGCCAACAAGACCCUGGUGCCCGUGGCCUGGGCGGCCGCUUAUGGUAAUAACCUGGAGGGCCGGCUGGAGGGCAAACCGGGGGCGGUGACGCCGUACCUGCAGAUCAGCGACAGCAUCAGCACCAACCGCGUGCUCAAGCAGAAGGUCAAGAAGAAGAAGAAGGGCGCAGAAGGGCGGCAGUGCCAGACAGCGGUAAUCAUCGGUCCAGAUGGCCAGCCCCUGACCGUGUACCCGUGUCACAUCUGCGGCAAGAAGUUCCGCUCCCGGGGGUUCCUCAAGCGGCACAUGAAGAACCACCCGGACCACAUGCUGAAGAAGAAGUUCCAGUGCACCGACUGCGACUUCACCACCAACAAGAAGGCCAGCUUCCACAACCACCUGGAGGGCCACAAGCUCAGCUCCAGCGCCAAGAACGAGCGGGAGCGCGAGCGGGAGCGGGAGCGCGAGCGUCCGCCCGAGUACAGCGAGUACACGCGGCGCUACCACGAGGCCACCAGCCCGCUGGGCUCCAACAUGCUGAUCCUGCGCGACAAGGACGAGCCCAAGAUGCACCAGUGCAAGUACUGCGAGUACGAGACGGCCGAGCAGGGGCUGCUCAACCGCCACCUGCUGGCCGUGCACAGCCGCAACUUCGCCCACGUGUGCGUGGAGUGCGCCAAGGGCUUCCGGCACCCGUCCGAGCUCAAGAAGCACAUGCGCACGCACACGGGCGAGAAGCCCUUCCAGUGCGCGCACUGCCCGUUCCGCUGCGCCGACCAGUCCAACCUGAAGACGCACGUCAAGAGCAAGCACGGCUCGGACCUGCCGUACAAGUGCACGCACUGCCCGCAGGCCUUCGCCGACGACAAGGAGCUGCAGCGGCACGCCGAGGCGCUCCAGGGCCACAAGACGCACCAGUGUCCGCACUGCGAGCACAAGAGCACCAACUCGAGCGACCUGAAGCGCCACGUCAUCUCGGUGCACACCAAGGACUUCCCG